AUGGCGGACCAGAACCCAUCCCAACCCACCAACAUGGAUCCUACACCAUACCAGAUCCCCAGUCUGUCCCCGGCAAACUCCCAAGGCAACGUUCCGACCAUGUCCUCCCCAGUCCCUCUUCUACGCCCUGCGAUACCUGGCGCCCGAUCGAGUGGUGCCCGAGCACCAAGAUUGGGGCUCGCCAUCCCGCCGUCCCCCAAUGCGAAGCCUGUGGGCAACCAGCCCGCCCCGCCGGCUCCUCGUGCGUUGCCCACCCUACACCUUGCCACUCCGAUGGGCAGCCAAGGCUUGCCUUACGAGCAGCCUCCUCGACUGAACACGAGUGUUCAGGGCCACUCUGCCAGCGGAGGCAGCGAGAGCAGCGCGGCCCACUCGAGAUCGGGCAGCUUUGGACCCCUGGAUGGACGUGCCAGUAACCCCACCUCGGCCGGUUCGCAAUACUCGGCUCUUUCCUUUGCCUCCCAGUAUGGUAUUGGGGGGUCAAGACCCCAGGGCACCCCUGACCCGGUAUCCGCCGUCGGGUCUCUCUACUCGGAACGUAGCGAGGGUGGUGUUGGUAUGGAGAGAGACAACAGCCUCCAAGGCUUGGAACAGUUUGAUAAGCUUAGUUUGGAGAAGGCGAGGUCUCUGGACGUGGAAGACCUCGACGAUGAUGGCUGGAGGAUUGCCAGUCUCGAGUCUAGGAUCGAAGAGCUCGGCAACCUCGGCGAAGGUGCUGGCGGUGCCGUGACAAGAGCCAAGCUCAAGGGCGGCAAGACUGUCUUUGCCCUGAAGAAACAAAUCGUUCGAGAGCUCAACUUCAACAAGGGCUGUGCAUCAGAGCACAUUUGCCGGUACUACGGCGCCUUCGUCGACCCUGCCACUGCCACCAUUUCUAUCGCCAUGGAGUACUGCGAGGGUGGCUCGCUCGACAGCAUCUACAAAGAGGUCAAGAAACUCGGUGGCCGCACCGGCGAGAAGGUCCUCGGCAAAAUCUCAGAGGGCGUUCUGCGUGGCUUGACGUAUCUCCACGGACGACGCAUCAUUCACCGUGACAUCAAGCCGUCUAACAUCUUACUCUGCCGCAACGGCGAGGUCAAACUGUGCGACUUUGGCGUCUCGGGCGACUUUGGAACCAAGGGCGAGGCCAACACGUUCAUCGGUACCAGCUAUUACAUGGCGCCCGAGCGAAUCACGGGACAAAGCUACACCAUUACCUCUGACGUGUGGUCCACUGGCGUUACACUGCUUGAGGUUGCGCAGCAUCGGUUCCCAUUCCCAGCCGACGGGACCGAGAUGCAGCCUAGGGCAGGACUCAUUGACCUGUUGACCUAUAUCGUGCGGCAGCCGAUACCCAAACUCAAGGACGAGACUGAUGUCACUUGGAGUGACAACUUCAAGUACUUUAUCGAGUGCUGUCUCGAGAAGGACCCAACCCGCCGUGCAAGCCCAUGGCGGAUGCUCGACCACCCCUGGAUGGUCGAGAUGCGUUCAAAGCGUGUCAACAUGGAGAAAUACCUGUCACAAGUAUGGGGUUGGGACAACCCAAAGGCGGAAGCGUAA